AGUGAGGACAGAGGGUACAUCAAUAACAAAAAUGGUUGGAAAUUUAAUAUAUAUGGCUCCAGAAAUUAUGAGAUGGAUGCAAGUCACCAAAAAGUGCGAUAUCUAUAGCUUCGGGAUAAUUCUGUGGGAGGUGAUGUCACGAAAGAACCCGUUCAACGAUAUGUUACAUUUUCACGAAAUUGUUGAAGGUCUUCGUCCAAAUGUAAAUGAUGUCGUCGAUAUUCAAAAUUCGGAUGAUAUAAAAAUUUUGAUUACAAAAUGCUGGGAUGCGAAUCCACAGAAUAGACCUUCUAUGAAGGGAGUAGUCGCAAUUAUGGAAAAAUAUUCUUUUUAUUAAGAGAACGGCAACCAAAUUUUGAAUAUUAUGAAAAAGAUUAUUACAAUCUGCACGUUUAUUUAAAAUUAUGUUAUUAUGCAUAUA